AUGUUGAACAUCCCAGGCUCCGAUCUCACGAAAAAGAUCCGUAUCACAGUUGUCGCGGCCGAUGGCCUAGCCAAGCGGGAGGUGUUUAGACUCCCCGACCCAUUUGCAGUGAUCACUGUCGAUAGCGAGCAGACACACACGACAAGCGUGAUCAAAAAGACUCUGAACCCAUACUGGAACGAGAAUUUCGAUGUCACUGUCAAGGAUUCGUCAGUCGUCGCCAUCCAGGUCUUUGACCAGCGCAAGUUCAAGCGCCGUGACCAGGGCUUCUUGGGCGUUGUAAAUAUCGGGUCAGCGAGAUUAUUGAUCUCGAGCUCGGUGGUCAUGAUGCUCACUCUCGAGCUUAAAAAGUCCAACGACAAUCUUGUCGUUCACGGAAAGCUCAUCGUAUACAUAUCCACUAACACUAGCUCCCCUAUCACGAACCCCGGCCCCACACACGUUCCCGGAGUAACCGGCCAAUUAUCUGGACUCACUCUCCACCCUAGCCCAUCUCAACCUUCUAUCGCACAUAGCUCGACUCCAUCAACCAACGCACAGAGCGAAGGCAACAACGCAAUGAUCUCGAUGCCCACGCCCAAUCCCGCCCCUGCACCCGAGCUCGCUCGGCAGCCAAGUAUCGCAUCGCCACGAACCGCAGUCGACCCACUCAAUCCUGUCCAGCCCAGCGGCCCGAACUUUAGCUCUACUGAAGAUAACAUGGGCCAGCUACCGCAAGGGUGGGAACGCCGGCAAGAUCACCUCGGGCGCACGUACUAUGUCGAUCACAACACGCGCACUACCACGUGGAACCGCCCGUCAUCCAACGCCGAGGCUAACCGAAACGAGACUCGCCAGGAGGCCGAUGGAGCUCGUGACAGGCACAAUCGUCGUAUCUUGGCCGACGACUUGCUUGACACAGGAGCCACUGGCGCUACCACUCCUUCUGGAACAGGUCAAGGCGCACUAAACGCCGGUUCGGGCGCUAACCCCCCUCCGGUGCUCAAUGCUUCAGGCCAGCAAACUACGGCUGGGUCGCCGUAUUACGUUGACCACAACACUCGUACGACCACUUGGGUUGACCCUCGUCGGCAAACCCUCGUCCCUUGGGCCACUCCCGUCCGGAUGGGAAAUGCGUCUCACCUCACGGCGCGUGUAUACUUUGUGGAUCACAACACCAAGACCACGACCUGGGACGACCCUAGGUUGCCGAGCACACUGGAUGCGGGCGUACCGCAGUACAAGCGCGACUUCCGUCGUAAACUCAUAUACUUCCGUUCCCAGCCGGCUUUGCGUGCACAGCCCGGGAACUGCCAAAUCAAAGUCAGGCGUAACCACAUUUUCGAAGACAGUUAUGCGGAGAUUAUGCGUCAGACUCCAAGUGAUUUGAAGAAACGACUUAUGAUCAAGUUCGACGGCGAAGACGGUCUGGAUUAUGGUGGUCUCUCUCGUGAAUUCUUCUUCCUGCUCUCGCACGAGAUGUUCAAUCCGUUCUACUGCUUUGGUGUCAACCCAGAACACUUGAACUACUUCAAAUUCAUUGGGCGCUGCGUCGGCUUGGGCAUUUUCCAUCGAAGAUUCCUGGACGCAUACUUUAUUGUCAGUUUCUACAAGAUGAUUUUGAAGAAGAAGAUUACGCUUGCGGAUUUGGAAAGCGUGGAUGCAGAGCUUCACCGCGGAAUGACCUGGAUGCUCGAGAAUGAUAUUACCGAUGUCAUUGACGAAACAUUUACUACUGUUGAGGAACGCUUUGGCGAGCUUGUGACUAUUGAACUCAGGCCGGGCGGAGCAGAUGUUGAGGUAACAGAGGAAAACAAGAAGGAAUACGUCGACCGUAAUCGAAUACCGUAUCCAAAAGCGCGUCAAGGAGCAUUCGACGCGUUUAUGGCCGGUUUCAGCGAACUCAUUCCUCAAGAGCUUAUCAACGUAUUCGACGAGCGUGAGCUCGAACUACUCAUCGGCGGUAUGUCCGAAAUCGACGUUGACGACUGGACCAAGUACACCGACUACCGGGGAUACGAACUUAAUGACGAGGUUAUUCAGUGGUUCUGGCAAUGCAUCCGCAGCUGGCCACCCGAGCGCAAGUCCCGCCUGCUCCAAUUUGCGACCGGAACGUCUCGUAUUCCUGUCAACGGCUUCAAAGAUCUCCAAGGCUCCGAUGGCCCGCGCCGAUUCACUAUCGAAAAGGCCGGGGACCCGUCGCAGCUGCCCAAGAGUCACACGUGUUUCAACCGUAUUGAUCUACCGCCGUAUAAAGAUUACAAGACGCUGGAGCAAAAGUUGACCAUGGCCGUAGAGGAGACCGUCGGGUUCGGGCAAGAAUAG